AUGAAGUUCUCCACUACCAUCAUCAGCAUCGCUGCCCUCCUCGCCUCGGCUGAGGCGUGUAAAUGCCUUUCAAGCGUCGGCAACAACUCAGAGGCCACAAGCGCGUGCUGCAAAGAGGCUGGUGGUUCAGCUAACGGUUCGGACUGUCCGGCCGGCGAAAUCAGCGAUCGCCUCAGCAGAUUUGCUUCGUGCUGCAAAGCCUAUGGUACCCGUUCCGACUGCCGGUGCCCAAUCGGCUGCGCACGCAAGGAGCUCGAAGCUCAGCACAAGGCCGAAGGCAAGGCAGCCCCGACCGAAGCUGAGAUCAAGGGCCUGCUCUCCAAGUACGAGGACUAG